UCAUACGUUGGCUACCCUGUUACUCAAUAGUAGUGACGUCUCGUGAUAGUACUUAGAGGUUAUUUUUCCUUUUUUUUUUGCUUUUCUAACGACAACAAAACUGUUAUUAAUAAGUGUAGUGAUAUUGUAAAAAUCAAGAAUUUUUCAAAGUACUAACGCGAUAUAUUUACAAAACAUAAAACCAUUCUUAUUGUCUAUUAUUUCGGCAUAUUUUUAAUACAAUUUGAUCAGUUUCACUUCUUAAAACACACUUUUUUCUAUACUAGAGUUAACGUAUCGCAUUGUUGAAGCGGAAAUAUUUGAUCAUCGAAAAUAUAUUAUCUAUAUAUAAACUAUAUGUAGAUUUAUCCGAAUGAUAUUUUCAUAAUAUCGCUAAUAAAAUAUUGCUUUAUUUUUGAUAUAUUUUAUCUUGUGUAUGUGCGUGUAUGUUUGUAAACAAGAUAUAUGGAGAGAAUAACACAUUUAUGGAAUGUGAAUCAAUUUAUUACAAAAUUAAAUUGUUCACAAAGUAGAAAUUUGCAAACGUUUUAUAUAGAAAAAUGUAAAAAGUUUAGUCAUGCAAUACAUUUGUCAUCUCAAAAUUUUGGUCCCUCGGUAAUGUGUAUAUAUUGUGGAUCACUUUGGAAUACAAUGAAUUAUACUAUUCGAAUAUCACGAGGUAAACCACUUUCAAAAUCCAUUAAAAAAAUUAUACAUUCUAUGAAUAAUAGUGAAAAAAGAAUAUCGAAAGUUCAGAGAACUUUAGCGAAAAAAUGUUUAAAAAAUAAAAUGAAUAAAUUAAUACUUAAAUGUUCAGUUUGUUUAAAAAAUACUGAAAUAUCUCUUAAUAAACCUCAAAAAGAAAAAGUACAAAAAAUUACUUUAGAAAAUAUUCAAAGUUCAAAAAAGAAGAAAAAGAAGAGAAUCAAGGAUAAGACUGCUGGUUUAAACAUUUCUGGAAUUUCAAGCUUAGAUGCAAAAGAUGUUACAAAAGAAUUAAAAGAAAAAAACAAAGAAAAAAUGGAAAGCAUUAAAAAUUUGACCACACCAAAUCAAAAAUUAAAAAAAUUAAAUAUAAAAAAAUUAAAAGAUGUUAUGAAUGAACAUGCAACAUCUCGAAAAAGGAGAAGUUUACAUAGUUUUUUAACAGAACUUUGUUGAAAAUAAUUUAUUGUUAAAGUAUCUUAUAAAAUGUUCUAUAAACACAAAAUCUUUUAUUACAUAAAAAAACAUUUAUCACGCUCCAUUUAUAU